AGACAAAAAAAAAAUACAUUCGGACUUUCGAUUCAUCAUCAUCAUCAUCAUCGAUCGAUUGAUUUUUUCUAUAUUUGAGCAGAGUACAUACAUUUAGACCGAAAUAAUAAUUUUUAAAAAAAUGGCCGAAAUCUAUCAGAAAACAAUGGAUGAAGUGGAAAAAUUUCUUCAUCAACCUGGUUCCAAAGUGGAUGUCUACAUGGAAAUGAUUGAAAAAUCAACUGGCAUCAAACGAAUGUAUAUUGCCAAAGGUGUCAUGAUUUUAUUUCUUUUAUACAUGAUUUUUGGUUAUUUUGCCCAAUUGAUCUGCAAUUUUGUCGGUUUCAUAUAUCCAGCCUAUGUUUCAAUCAAAGCAUUAGAAACACGUAAUAAAGAUGAUGAUACACGUUGGCUCACCUAUUGGGUUGUAUUUGCCUUUUUCUCUGUUAUUGAAUUCUUUUCCGAUUUUAUAUUCAGCUGGUUUCCAUUCUAUUGGCUUGCAAAGGUACUAUUUCUUGUAUGGUGUUAUUUACCGAUCGAAAAAAAUGGUACCGAUUAUGUAUACAAUAAAAUUUUACGGCCAAUAUUUUUGAAAAAUAAUCCUGGCAUCGAUAAUCUAGCCAAACGUGUCAUGAAUGAGGCAAAAGCUGCCAUUUCCACAAAAAAUGAAUGAAUGAAUGAACCAUUACCACAUAUACAGGAGAGAGAUAUCAUGAUCAGUUUUUAUUUUCAUUUUUUUUUUUGAUCACACUGAAACAUAAAUGUUAAACACAUACACACACACAAUGGUCGUGUGGUGGAUCGAUUCCUAUGAUUUAAAUUCCGUGUUUCCAGAAUCAAUUUUUUUCUCUCUCUCUCUUUUCAAAUAAAAAUAAAGCCAAUUCUUUAUUCAAA